CAAGGCCACCACCCAUUUCACCUGUGCUCCAGUUUACCUGGCCCCACCUCCGGAAGAGAAGUUGACAGCGCUCAGGAGAGAGAGAGAGAGGUCUGAGAAUGGGAAGCCAGCUCCAAUAGGGGGCCUCACACACCCCCAGCGAUACAGAUGCUUGGGGAAACAUGAAUUCCCCCAGUAGUCCCCAGUUCCCUUCGGGGAUGCUCUCAGGAGGCACCUCCCCAAGUGGAGAUGAUGGCUUUUUCCCUUUUGUUCUGGAGAGGCGAGAUUCCUUCCUGGGGGGGCCAGGGCCUGGGGAAGAGAAGCCAGAGGAUGAACCUGAGGACUUGGCUGUACUGCUUCAGCGAAAAGAGAAGGAUUUACUACUAGCAGCUGAGCUGGGCAAGAUGCUAUUAGAACGGAAUGAGGAGCUGAGCCGAAGUCUGGAAAUUCUCAAGGCCCAACAUGCUGAACGGGAGGAAAGGCUACAGCAGCAGAACCACGAGCUUCGGCAGGGGCUGGUGGCCCGUGGAGCCGAGUGGGAGGCUCGGGCUGGGGAGCUGGAAGUUGAUGUAGCUGCACUUCGAGCUGAACUCGGGGAGCGGCGUUCUGAGCAGCAGAACAGUGGGCGCCAACGAGCCCAAGCCCUUGGGGAACUCAGCGAGCAGAACCUCAGGCUCAGUGAGCAGCUUGCACAGGCCUCCCAGACAGAGCAAGAACUGCAAAAAGAACUGAGCACCCUUCGGGGAGAGUUCCAGGCCCAGCUGCUGGUGGAGACUGAAAUGAGGGCCAGACUAGAAAGCCUUCAGGGAGAGAAUCAGAUGCUACAGAGUCGGAGACAGGACCUGGAAGGGCAGAUCAAGAGCCUGCAGGAGGAGGUGGAUCAGGGUCAGAGCAGGGUACAAGCCCUGCAUGAAGAGUUGCUGCUGCUCAGAAGGGAGAGACGGGAACACAGCCUCGAGCUAGAACGGGCCCACUCAGAGGCCAGGGAAGCACUAGUAUCCCUCAGACGUCUCCAGCACCGAGUCUCUGAGCUUGAGGAGGAAUCCCGGCUCCAGGAUUCAGAGGUCUCUGGGGCCUCCCUGCAAUCAGAGAUUGCCCACAGCCUAGAUGAGGAAGGAGACUCUCAACUUCCAGGGGAACCCCAGGAGAUCCACAACCCCAAUCUCCUCCAGAACUCAUCAGAACCCCAAUCUUCACCAGAAUCCCAAUCUCCUCCAGAAGAGGGCUUGGAGCCCCCUAAGAAGCGGCCCCCCAUGAGUCCUAGAGAAAUGCUGGAAGAGAAGGAGGUGGAAAUGGAACGACUACAAAAUGAGUUAUCUUUGCAGGGGGAAGAGUUGCAGUCCCUUCGGGAAGAACUCCAGAGACAAAAGGAACUAAGGGAAGAGAAAGACCCCGAGUCUGCACUGAAUAGGGCAUUCUCUGAUCGGGAUGAAGCUGUGAACAAGUCUAUGGCCCUCUCUCUGGAACUGACCCGGGUUUCCCUGGAACGGGACUCUCUUUCUCGGGAAUUACUCAGAACCAUUCGACAGAAGGUAGCAUUAUCUCAGGAGCUAGAAGCUUGGCAGGAUGAUAUGCAGGUGGUGAUUGGACAACAGCUUCGUUCUCAGCGACAAAAGGAGCUUAAUUCCCAGGCGGCAACCCCCCACCAUGGCACCACAAGAUUUUCCUUGGGAAGAGGGACAGGGGCUGGUAGCUUCUUCACCAAUCUUUUCAGAAGGACCUGAGGGGGGGUGGCUCUUGAGCUGCAUGCAUCAAUGGUGGUCUGGAGGUGACUUUUCUGGAAAGGGUUUAGGGGAUAUGGGCUGGCAGAAGGUUGUUUAUACUCCCAAUUCCUGGAGCACUGUAGAGGUGGGGACAGAUAAAGCUUCCAAAUCAA